GUUUUAGUACCAAAUCCCAAGCAACCAAACUAAUCUGUUUUAAAGCAGAUAUUUUCGUCAAGAGUUGAUUUUAAAUGAUUGACGACAGGAUUGGCUUGGGUUUCGUCCUCAACUUGUAACGAACCACCGCUAAUUAUACAGAUGGCAACCCAGUAUGUGACCAAGAUUGAGCUCGCCAUAUCCUGCAAGAACCUUCUUGACAAAGAUGUUGGCUCAAAGUCAGACCCUCUGUGUGUUCUGCUGCAGAGCGCGGGGGACGACAAAUGGACCGAGGUGGACCGCACAGAGACAGUGGUUAACUGCCAGGACCCGGAGUUUUCCAAAAGACUGUGCAUUGACUACUACUUCGAGAGGGUGCAAAAACUAAAGCUGUGCAUCUACGACAUCGACAACAAAUCUGUCGACCUGAAAGAUGACGACUUCUUGGGGGGGUUCGAAUGUACCCUUGGCCAGGUUGUGUCUAAUAAGAAGAUUACCAACCCCCUUCAGCUUAAACCAGGCAAACCUGCAGGCAAAGGCACAAUAACGAUUGUGGCAGAAGAAGUGAAGGACAACCGAGCGAUUGUGAUGGAAGUAGAAGCCAGGAACCUGGACAAGAAGGAUUUGUUUGGCAAAUCCGAUCCUUUCCUGGAGUUCUUCAAGCAGGCUGAUGAUGGCUCAUGGCAGUUGGUUCACAGGACUGAGGUCAUUAAGAACAAUUUAAACCCAUCCUGGAAGAAAUUCUCAGUUUCCAUACAUACAUUCUGUAAUGCAGACCUGAACAAGCCUAUUAAGGUCCACUGCUCUGAUCAUGAUAACGAUGGCUCACACGAUCUCAUUGGCGUUUUUCAAACUAAAGUGGAUGAGCUUCUGAAAGUAGACAGUGGAUCUACGGUGGAGUUUGAGUGUAUUCACCCCGAGAAGAAGAAGAAGAAAAGCUAUAAGAAUUCCGGCGUUGUCCGUUUCAAAUCCUGCAAGAUAGAGACGCAGUAUACGUUCCUGGACUAUGUGAUGGGAGGUUGCCAAAUUAACAUCACGGUGGGUAUCGACUUCACCGGCUCAAACGGGGAUCCUCGUUCCAAAGACUCUUUGCACUACCUGAGUCCUGACGGGAUUAACCAGUACCUCAGUGCAAUCUGGUCUGUGGGCCUUGUGGUCCAGGAUUAUGAUGCGGAUAAAUUGUUUCCUGCUUUUGGGUUUGGUGCUCAGGUGCCUCCAAAUUUUGAGGUGUCCCAUGAGUUUCCUCUGAAUUUCAAUCCCAGUAAUCCUUACUGCAAAGGAGUGGAAGGCAUCAUACAGGCGUACCGCAGUGUUCUACCACAGCUGCGUCUCUACGGCCCAACUAAUUUUUCCCCCAUCAUCAACCAUGUGGCUCGUAUCGCUGCAGCAGCAGCUCAGCAGCCAAAUGCAGGGCAAUAUUUCGUGCUUUUGAUCAUAACUGAUGGAGAGAUUACUGAUCUGGACCAGACCAAGCAGGCCAUAGUCAACAGCUCGAAGCUCCCAAUGUCCAUCAUCAUUGUGGGUGUUGGUGAGGCAGACUUUAAGGCCAUGGAGGUACUCGACGGAGAUAAAGGUGUCCUUAAAUCUCCCACCGGAGAGCAAGUAUUAAGAGAUAUAGUCCAGUUUGUGGCUUAUAAAGACUUUGCCAAGGCUCCCAAAGAAGCUCUGGCCCAAAGUGUUCUUGCCGAAGUGCCUGGUCAGCUGGUGUCUUACUUCAAGAUGCGGAAUCUGAACCCGGUCAACCCCCCUGCUCCUAGGAAAUAAAGGAUCGGGAGGACCAUCAAGUUCAGGGGAGAAAAAAGAACAUUCAUGAAGACCUUUUUAUAUUAUGCAAUUUAAAUAAUGCAUGCCUUCAUUAACCAUAGUUUCUGCUAAUCUUUUCCCGCUGUUUCACUGUUCACACUUUCCCCCCAAUGUUAAAGCAAUCAUCAGUAUUGGUUUCUAUGCUGUGGAUUAUACACUUUUUUUAUUUUUUAUUAUUAUUGUUAUUUAGCCCCUUAAUCACGAUUCAAUUCAUGUAAAACACAUGUUCUUGUUAAACUCCUCUUAAAAUGUUUUGGUCUGUCUGUUCUUCCACUCUUGUGCAUCUUUGUGAUCUUUUGAUGACGUCAGGUUUUUGCAUCCACGGAUUCAGAUAAUUAAUGUCUUCGGCAUUCCAGCUCAAUUAGAAUGUUAAAUUUGCUGCUUUAAGGAAACGAUUACAUUAAAGUGCUCGGUUUCGAUCAUCAAUGCAGCUGUGGAUGUGCUGCUU